UUUUUUUUCACUUAUGGCAAAAAAAGACAAAAAGACAGGUGUUAACCCAAAGAACACACAGAUAUUUGAACGCCUUAGUUUCCUGCAUCAAGCAGCUACUCUUAUGACAACCAUUCAAUAUGAUACCCAAUUAAAAUCAACUUCAAAAAAACCUAUCAAAGAUUGGCAAGGUGAUCCACCAGGCACUUUGUAUGGCACUUCAAGAUAUUUGAAUCAUAAUAUGAAACAAAUCACAUCUCGUCUUGUUCUUCGACUAGACCCGAGCAUCAAACGAACUGUCUGUAAACGAUGUGAUACUUCUUUAUUACCCUAUCUUACAUCAAAAAGCCGUAUUCAUUCUAAACCAGUGCCGUCUGUUAUUCAAACAUGUAAAAUAUGCAAAGCAAAAAAGAGAUUUACUUCACAGAACCCAAAUUAUGAACUAUUUAAUCAAAGAUCUGAUGUGGUUGUUGCUGAAGCAGAACAAUAAACCAAAACUUAUGCGCUCUGUCAUCAUGAUUUAAAAUAUAUAUAAAAAAAAAAUUUAUAAUAAAAUUCGUCAUUUUAUUAUUUUUCCUUUUC